AUGUUGUACGCUGACUACAGAGAGACUGACUUAGACGAGGUUAUUCAGAUAGACACUAUCUUCUAUAACGUGUCCAAGGGAGACGUUGCCAAGCAGGCGGAUCUGCACAAGAGCUUCAAAACCGAUGACAAUCGCAAGAUAUUAUUAGAG